GAACGUCGAUCUUCGACGUGUUACGUUAUUAAUUAUGGUUUAACUAGCGAACCGUUUACCAGUGUUCAUUGUGUUUCUAUCAUGGUGCAGUUUAUCAAACGAGAACCUUUGAUUGGUUCUUCUUCUCACGUGAUCCACCCCUUGCUAUCCGGUGAGCGUUUGUAAUUGGUCGAUGCCGAUGUAUCAGAUGAUAAAGUUCGUUCUGAAGUUAGCUCUUAUCGCAGCACCUUCAGGUUGGUAACGAUUGUUAAAUAUCGGGGACAUUUUGGACACGAUGGAACGAAACUUACUAGGACGAUAAAGAGAUACUGUACUGAAAGACGUAAGACUGAGUUGAAUAAAUUAAAGAAACAAUUAAGAUUUUAAGAUAAGGUAAUAUAUAAGAAAGUAAGGUUAAGCGUCUAAGAAUGUCGGCAGAAGAACAACCAGACUUGCGUCUCGGACCGGAUCCUAAUGUCACUUAUCCGAUUCAAGUACAAUAUUGUGGAAAUUGUUCUCUUCCUAUCGAGUACUGUGAAUAUUAUCCAGAAUAUGAAAAAUGUAAGCAAUGGCUAGAAAGAAAUUUACCAACAGAAUUUGAGAAAGUUAAAUUGGAAGUGGAAGAUAAUACCACGGAGGCAGGUGGAGGCGAAGAUGAAAAGAAACGACAGAAACGUGGUGGUAAAGGUAUGCUCAAAACAAAGAAAAAGGAAGACGUUCCAAAAUUAGUAACUGUAUCUAGAGCACCUAGAGGAAAAAAGAAAUCGGUCACAGUUGUAACUGGUCUUAGUACUUUUGAUAUAGAUUUAAAAGUAGCUGCCAAAUUUUUUGGUUAUUACUUUGCAUGUGGCUCAAGCGUAACAGGGGAUGAUGAGAUAGUUAUACAAGGAGAUGUAAAAGAUGACUUGUUUGAAGUGAUUCCAGAUAAGUGGCCACAGAUCGACGAAGAUUCUAUAGAUGAUCUUGGAGAUCAGAAAAGAUAAUGGGCCAAUUUUACCUGCUAUAUUUAAUAUUAUACUAUUUCUAUUUCCGUUUAUUACAAAUAAAAUGUACAUAACAUAUAAUAUGUACAUAUCAUAUAAAUUGUUUUAAGAAGUGUAAAGUUACAGUGCAAGAACAUGUUACCCAUCUUUAUCAUCCAACUGAUCGUCACCUAAAUAAGUUGCCACUACCUGAAGCAGGGACAUUACUUCUUCUUCUGUCAAACGAUCUUCGCUGUCCUCCACAAUCUACAAAAGCACAAUAUACAUUCAAUUAUACCGUGUAA